GAGGUAACGAUCUACUUCAGCGACAUCGUGGGCUUCACCACCAUCUCCGCGCACUCCACGCCCUUUCAAGUGGUCGACCUGCUCAACGACCUCUACACCUGCUUCGAUGGCACCAUCGCGGGCUACAACGUUUAUAAGGUGGAGACGAUCGGCGACGCGUACAUGGUGGUGGGCGGGCUGCCGGUGCGCGACGCGGGCCACGCCGACCAGGUAGCCACCAUGGCGCUGGACCUGCUGCACCAGUCGGGCCGCUUCCGCAUCCGCCACCUCCCCGGCACGCCCCUGCGCCUGCGCAUCGGCAUCCACACAGGGCCCUGCUGCGCGGGGGUUGUGGGGUUGACGAUGCCUCGCUACUGCCUCUUCGGCGACACGGUCAACACGGCGUCGCGCAUGGAAUCCACGGGGUCGGCGUGGCGCAUUCACAUCUCGGAAGCCACCAAGGAGAAGCUGGACGAGGUGGGCGGGUACCACCUGCAGUUCAGAGGCCUCACCGAGUUGAAGGGCAAGGGCCGGAUGCCCACGUACUGGCUGCUGGGCAAGCAGGGCUUCCACAAGCCGCUGCCCACGCCGCCGCCCAUCGAGUGAGUCCCCCUUCCCCCUCCUCUUCGAAGGCCGCCCCCCUCGUGCUCGGUGUUGCGCUGAGGAUUUACAUAGUUGUUGUUCCUAUAUUUAACCGGGAGCUUAUAGCCCCUGUGCAGUCUUCCAGUGACCAGCAGGCCUGGUCAUGAGAUCCCACUCGCGGACAGUGAAGCCUCUAAAUACCAGCCUUGACCUCAGUAGCUCUUCAAAUCGGUUCUUUGUCCGUUUUGAACAUUUAUUUUAUACGUGUAGUGCAGGUUCAAUUCCAUGCACGUUACCUCCUUUCAUGUCUUUUCAUUUUUAUUUCAUCUUUAAAUCACCUUUCCUUUUCUUUUAGCACCUUUCAUUAGUACACACAUCUUCACCUCCCAUCCACUGCGCGGAGAAAGAAAGUUCCUAAAAAUAUCUACCUCACGAGCGCCAUUCCGUGUCAACGCGUGAUGUUACUGUCUCGAGUCGAAUCUUUGUCUCCUCGCAGUGCUUCUCCCUGCAUCCGUAGGUAGCCCCACAGCGUAUCUAGAGUUGCUUGGCGCUAGCGAGCCCGUGUGGCGCGGGCGCCGCCCUCAUUCUUGGCUCUUUCUCUGCCUGGCUCGCCGCCUCCCGCCCUGGUGCGUGAUCGCCGCCGCGGGCGUCUGCUCCUUGCUGCCGCCUCCCCACGCUGCCAGGGAGAGCCACGGCUUGGACGAGCGGCUGGUCGUGCGGAGCGCGGGGGCGGGCGCGGGCGCGUCCAGCCCGG